GUUGCUCUUCACAGGCAUUGUUUUGUUUUCUCCAAAGAUCUAAAUAUAUAUUUUCAUACGUAAAUCCUUCACACGCAGUCAUUUCUGUCAGUUGUCUGAAGCCACUGGCUUAUAUGGUGUGAAGAUGGAGAGUUCUAAGUUGAUAGGCGUGGCAUUCUUGGUUCUGUUCUUUGUGGACGUCGGCUUUGCCGCUAGGCCUUUUAGAGUGGUCUUAGGCAAAGGAGGAGGUGGUGGAGGAGGAGGAGGAGGAGAAGGUGGUGGUGGCGGUGGUGGGUCGGGACUUGGGGGGUAUGGUUCAGGUUAUGGUUCUGGGUACGGCUCCGGGAGUGGUUAUGGGUAUGGAGAUUUCCCCGGAGGUGCAUACGGUAGCGGGGGAGGGGGAGGGGGAGGCGGCGGCGGAGGUGGUGGUUCGGGGUCCAGGGGCGGUUCCGGUUCUGGGUUCGGGUCUGGGAGUGGCUCUGGGUAUGGAUCUGGUGGCGGGAUAGGAAAUGGGGGAGGUGGCGGCGGCGGCCAAGGUGGAGGAGGAGGCGGUGGUGGAGGCUCCGGAUACGGUUCGGGAAGUGGUUCCGGGUAUGGAAGUGGAAGCGGUUCUGGCUACGGAGGCGGCAGCGGGACUGGCGGCGGCGGCGGAGGUGGAGGAGGAGGAGGCGGCGGCGGCGGAGGUGGUUCAGGGUACGGUUCGGGCAGCGGCUCGGGGUAUGGUUCGGGAUAUGGGUCAGGGUACGGCGGCGGCGAAGGUGGCGAUGAGCCGUGAUCCUUCAAAGAAUUUGCAAUUGUAAACUCUGAAUUUGAAGUGUGAUGGUGGGUCCGUCAGCCGCGGUGGAUGCGGCGGCAUUAGAUGUGUUGCAUACAUGCGCGUACUUCAUCCUCUACACAACUAUUUUAUAAUAUAAUCUUCAUUUUCUAAUAA